UCGGUUAGGUCUGAAGCUAUUGACGUAGGUGUUUCAUCGCCUUUAUACUUGUCAUCACCGUAAAUUUACGUUCAUUUGCUUGUUACACGGAUACACUCUCACACCAGAUAAAUGAUAAGAUAGAUAUGAAAGUGAAGAUUUCGUUUUCUGCCUGAUGUGAGCCCUAAUUUCCUUAAGGUUGCGUUAGUUCGGGUCAAACAUGGCGUCGACAACAGAGGAACAGACGGGAAAUUUUAGUCUACCAAGCGCUUUCGGUGGAGCACAUCCUGGUAAAUCAGUGUUAAAAGAAGCUGUUGAUGCUGUCUUGAAUUCUUUUGCUAAGCACACGCAUGGUUAUGGUAGAGUUAAUGUUAUAGAAGCAUUACAAGAAUUUUGGCAAAUGAAGGAAACACGAGGUGCAUCUCUCAAAGGUGGCUCUACAGUUCUAUAUGAGCCAGAGCCUUCUGAGAAGCCACCAUACGUUUGUUAUGUUAGUCUUCCCGGUGGCAGCUGUUUUGGGAGUUUUCAACCAUGCCCAACAAAAGCCGAGGCUCGAAGAAGUGCUGCAAAGAUUGCCCUAAUGAACUCUGUGUUUAACGAGCAUCCUUCCAGAAAAAUCACUGAUGACUUUGUUGAGUCUGCAGUCAAAGAAGCUGAGUCCACAGAAACGCAAAUUGCUUUGAAGAGAAGGACAAUUAAUCUAGGGGCAGACAGCUCUAAAGAUCCUAAUACUGGUGUGGGAGCAUUCCGAUUUAUGCUGGAAUCAAACAAGGGAAAAACUAUGUUGGAAUUCCAAGAUCUUAUGACAAUAUUUCAAUUACUUCACUGGAAUGGCAGUUUGAAAGCAAUGAGGGAUAGGAACUGCUCUCGACAGGAAGUGUUGGAGCAUUAUGCUGAAAGAACUAUUGAUGAUGAGAUGAGAAGUCAGAUGGCAUUGGACUGGAUAUCUCGGGAACAAGAACAACAAGGAGUGAUCAAGAGAGAACUUGACAAGGCUCUAAAGGAGUUGGAACAGUGCCGUUUGAGUGGACGUGAACUGAGGUUUCCUAAAGAAAAACGUGACAUUUUAAUGCUUGCUCGGAGUCAAAUAGGAAAAGUUUAAAUAUGAAGUAAAAUUUUGAUAAUACUGAAAAUACAACUGAAUGUAAUGAUGAACAGAGGUUUUGAAUUUUUGUCUCCAGGGAGGGGUCUCCCACAAUUGAAGGAAUUUCUGAAGGAUAAUUGUAUUAUGUGUUUAGUAAUAUAUAAUUAUGGAGUGUGAUUGGUUCCAACAUAGCUUGUGUUGCAGUAUCAUUCAAAUUUAAUGCGCUAUACCUUUAAAUACAUGCAUACUUAAUUUUCACACUGAUCUUUGUAAUUUCACUUGAAUCUGAAAAUGAGAAUUUGUGUGAUUAUCAGUCAAUAGCUUCGUUACUUGAUGUGGUUACUUCCAUUAUUUUAAUGACCAUGACAUUUGUUUCUGUGAUGGUAUUAGAAGGUGAAAUAAGAUGCUACACAAUCUUAUGGGUCCAUGACUAAAAUUUCCAAAGCUUAAGGUGGCAAAGUAUCAUGAUGGUGAUCAAUACACAUUUCAUUCCAGGCAAGAGUUUAAAAAUGAGGGAAGUAAAUUGACUCAUUAUGGUCAGCCCAAAUGGGAAAAAUGACUUCCAGCUCUCUUAUGUGUGGACAUUUUUCCUAUUUAAAACUAUGUGAGUGUAUAUUUAAAUCUAAUUUCUGACUUUUAUGGAUAGUUUUGUGCCUUUGAGUUUCCAUAGGUGGUGAAAAAGCAGGGCGUUAAGUCUCUAUUGUAAAUAAAUUGUGUUAUGGUAGCAUGGAAAGGAGUUUCCAUCAUGGCUUUUGUAUAUGCACAAAAGAGACUAAUGAAUGAUGCUGUUGGUGGAAAGAUGUACAAAAAGAUUUCAAUUGGGUUUAGUGAUAUGCCUCAGUGGAAAUAAUAAGUUAUGAUGGAUGAAA